AUGGGGAAGGAGCAGGAGCUGCUGGAGGCCGCUCGCACCGGGAACCUGCCCGCCGUGGAGAAGCUGUUAUCGGGGAAACGCCUCAGCUCCGGCUUCGGGGGCUCCGCGGGGGGCGGAGGAGGAGGAGGCGGCUCCGGGGGGGGAGGCGGCGGUGGAGGCAGCGGCAGCGGCGGUGUGGGGCACCCGCUGUCCAGUCUCCUCAGCAUCUGGAGGGGGCCAAAUGUGAACUGCGUUGACAGUACUGGAUACACUCCACUGCACCAUGCUGCUUUGAAUGGUCAUAAGGACAUUGUGGAAGUUCUGCUGCGGAAUGAUGCACUAACCAACGUAGCAGACUGCAAAGGCUGUUAUCCUCUUCACCUGGCUGCUUGGAAAGGAGAUGCAGACAUAGUGAAGCUCCUCAUCCACCAAGGACCUUCACAUACCAAAGUGAAUGAGCAGAAUGCUCUUGAGAUCAAAGAACUCAAAAAGUACGGCCCCUUUGACCCAUAUAUCAAUGCCAAGAACAACGACAAUGAGACCGCACUGCACUGUGCUGCACAGUAUGGCCACACAGAGGUGGUGAAGGUCCUUCUGGAGGAGCUGACUGACCCCACCAUGCGCAAUAACAAGUUUGAGACUCCUCUGGACCUGGCUGCACUCUACGGGAGGCUGGAAGUUGUGAAGAUGCUCUUGAACGCUCACCCCAAUCUCUUAAGCUGCAACACUAAGAAACACACUCCUCUGCACUUGGCUGCUAGGAAUGGUCACAAAACUGUAGUCCAUGUCCUCCUGGAUGCUGGCAUGGAUAGCAACUAUCAGACUGAAAAAGGCAGUGCUUUGCACGAAGCUGCUUUGUUUGGCAAGACAGAUGUGGUACAAAUAUUGCUGGCUGCAGGUAUUGAUGUGAACAUAAAGGAUAACAGAGGACUGACAGCUCUGGAUAUUGUGAGGGAGCUUCCCUCUCAGAAAAGCCAACACAUAGCAGCUCUUAUUGAAGAUUACACCAUCGGGAAGAAAAGUGCCAAAGCUGUGGAGAAGACUGUUCAAGCACCACUUGUUCCCCCCACUGAUCCUGUGGGCCGGGUAUCUCAGGGUGAUGUGGAGAAAGCAGUUACAGAACUGAUCAUAGACUUUGAUGUGAACCCAGAAGAGGAGAGCCCAUAUGAAGCUUUGUACAAUGCAACGUCCUGCCACUCCCUGGACAGCCUUGCCAGUGGGAGAUCCUCAGAUCGGGAGUCUCUGAAUAAGGAACCUGAAUCAACUGGUCUCAAAGCAGCAGGAGUCAGGCCUAGGGAACGUCCACCGCCACCUGCCAAGCCACCACCUGAUGAAGAGGAGGAGCAGCAUGUGGAGAAGAUAGGCCAUGGUGCUUCCUGUGAGGCCUCUGGUGCACGAGGAAAGAGCAGGGGAAGUGGAGCUGAAGAAGAGGAACACCCUUACGAGCUGCUGCUUACAGCAGAAACUAAGAAGCCCAUUGCAGUGGAUAGGAAAACGAAAGACCACAGGAGGAGCAGUGGGAGCCGCAGCCAGGACUCUGCUGACGGUCAGGACAUCCAGGUUCCAGAGCAGUUUUCGGGGCUGCUUCACGGAUCUUCCCCCAUCUGUGAGAUAAGUGAGGACCCUUUCAGGCUCGUUUCCUCCGCGGAGAAAGGCGGCACGGAAGCUCCAAGCCAGGCACGUGCUAUGCAGCUGGAGGAUGCUGCCUUACCUGCCUGUGGCUCGGUACGGACCAGCUCUCCAGACCAAACCCAGAAAGUGGUCUACGCGACCGUGCAGCACACGCACGUCAACCGGGCGGAUCCUGGAGCUGUAGGCACGCCCCACGUGCCCCAGCACCCCGGCGGUGCUGAGGACGAGGGGGACAGAGCUGUGGGCAGAGCCCACCCCGGCAGCAAACCCAAGGCUGAGCUCAAACUCAGCCGCAGCUUGUCGAAAUCAGACUCUGAUCUCCUGACCUGCUCUCCGACAGAGGACGAUGCCAUGGGGAGCCGCAGCGAAUCGCUCUCCAACUGCAGCACUGGGAAGAAGAGGCUGGAGAAGUCCCCGUCCUUUGCUUCCGAGUGGGAUGAGAUUGAGAAAAUCAUGAGUUCCAUCGGCGAAGGCAUUGACUUCUCGCAGGAGCAGCAGAGGAUCUCAGGUUCACGGAUGCUGGAGCAGAGUGUUGGGGAGUGGCUGGAGUCCAUUGGCCUGCAGCAGUAUGAGAGUAAGCUGCUUUUGAACGGCUUUGAUGAUGUCCGCUUCCUGGGCUGCAAUGUCAUGGAAGACCAGGACCUUCGGGACAUUGGGAUCGCUGACCCACAGCACCGCCGGAAGCUGCUCCAGGCUGCUCGCUCCCUCCCCAAGUUGAAACCCCUGGGCUGUGAUGGGAACAGUCAGCCUUCGGUUCCUGCAUGGCUCGACUCGUUGGGGCUGCAGGAUUACAUCCAGUCCUUCCUCUCGAGUGGCUACAGCUCUAUUGACACUGUGAAAAACCUCUGGGAGCUUGAAAUAGUAAAUGUGCUGAAGGUGAACCUGCUGGGCCAUCGCAAGCGGAUCAUCGCCUCCCUGGCAGACCGACCGUACGAGGAGCCACCAGCAAAGCCACCGCGCUUCUCGCAGCUGAGAUGCCAGGACCUCAUGUCCCAGACGUCGUCCCCCCUGAGCCAGAACGACUCCUGCACGGGCAGAUCUGCAGAGCUGCUGCUGCCCUGCGGGGACACCGGCAAGAAGCAGCAGGACCGAGGCCUCGAGGCUGCUCCCUACUCCAGAGCUGAGCGCUACAAAGCCCAGGAGGACCGUCGGGAGUCAAAGCUGACCCUGCGCCCCCCCAGUCUGGCUGCCCCCUAUGCCCCAGUCCAGAACUGGCAGCACCAGCCAGAGAAGCUCAUCUUUGAGUCCUGCGGGUACGAGGCCAAUUACUUGGGCUCCAUGUUGAUCAAAGACCUCCGGGGGACAGAGUCUACGCAGGACGCCUGUGCCAAGAUGAGGAAAUCCACAGAGCAUAUGAAGAAGAUCCCCACCAUUAUACUGUCCAUCACGUACAAAGGGGUGAAAUUCAUCGAUGCCUCAAACAAGAAUGUCAUUGCUGAGCACGAGAUCCGGAACAUCUCCUGCGCUGCUCAGGACCCUGAGGAUCUCUGCACCUUCGCCUACAUCACCAAGGACCUGCAGACCAGCCACCACUACUGCCACGUCUUCAGCACCGUGGAUGUGAACCUGACGUAUGAGAUCAUCCUCACGUUGGGGCAGGCGUUCGAGGUGGCCUAUCAGCUGGCCCUCCAAGCCCAGAGAGCAAAGCCCCUGGGUGCUGGGGCAGGAGAAGCCAUUGAAACAAAAUCUUCCAAACCGGUGCCUAAACCACGAGCGGGCAUGAGGAAAUCUGCAGUGCCGCUCCCUCCCGACACCCGUUGUUGUUACUGUCACACGUGUACAACUCACCGCCCCUCCUACCUGCCGCUGCAGUCUGUUAGUCCUGGAUCCAAGCUGGAGCCCCCUGAAGUGGACCAAGACUCCCAGUCUCAUGCCAGUGUCUCCUGGGUCGUGGACCCCAAACAGGACUCCAAGCGGACCCUCAGCACUAAGUAUGAGACCACUAUCUUCUAAAGCAAACACACCCCGUGUCCACCCAGUCUAACCGUGCCUUUGCGAUCUGAUCUGUCCGCUCUAAACCCCCUCUCCCUCCAGCUGCUCGCACUGAGCCCCGCGUAGGCACUACGUCAAUGGCAGCAGCACUUAGGAGACUGUAGACUUAAAACCGGCUUUUGUACCUGAUCACUGCUGAACACUGUGAAUUCUCCUUACUCGGAAACAAGGGUAACACGCUGAUAGGUGUCUGUGAGGCAGGGGGUGCAGGCUGGGGAACCAGAGCUCUGGAGCCAGGAAGCCUCCGGCCGUUGUCACGUCUUUCCCCUCGCUCUGGCACUGUGAAUCCCUGGGGCAAGGUGACACCCCCCAGGCCUUUUCUAUUUCACCUUCUUCUCCUUGGACUGAUGGAGACCUCUUGUCUCUGCGGUGCACUCCCUCCUCCUACACCCUGUCCUUCCCGACUGAGCCACGGCUGCCUACUGUUCAGUGAACUCACCCCGCUCCUACCUGCCGUUCGAACCGACACUAACCACUGUGAUGCUGGCUGCAAAUAACACACGGUCACUACAUUGCCUCACGGGGACCCUUGCCCACAGUCUCUCCCCGUGCAGCCUGAAGCAGAGAACCUGCUCUGAUGGGAGCAUUGGUUCGGGCCGCUGUGAUCGUUCCCACUGUGAGCUCUGUCCCCCUCAGAAGUGAGCUGGGGUUUUGGUUUCAUGCAUUUCAUCCCUUGUAGGAUUCUCUCCCCCCCAUAGUCCUGUUUACACUCACAAACUUCAGAGCUAUGGGCAUAGUUCUUACUCUGCAGGUUAUAAAGAGGUUAAGCUUUUAAAGGCACAUGUUGUUAGCCCGUGCUGGGAAGGAAAGGUGUUGGAGGGGCUGGACACUGCGCUGCUGGAGAGCUGCUCGAGCAGAUGGAGCUCUGCUGUGUUGAGCAGACUUACUUUUUUGCCAAAGGGAGAAAUGGAAUUGAAAUCAGUCUGCUGCUGAUCCCAAAGCUUAUUUUCAGCCUACAAACCAUUGCACAGUGAGGGCUAUAGGGAUCUUGAAACAUCUGUCACCUUCCAUCCUUGAGAGCAAGGAUUUCACUUGGAAGUGGCCCUUGCAUCAGUGGCCACCUCUGCUUUUUCUGGCUGCUUCUCAAGUGCAUAUGUUCUUCCUCUGGGAAAAUGUACCUAUUUCUGUGUAGAAAUGCUACUUUCUCAGUAGAAGCAGCUUUUAAUUCCAGAAUAUGACUGGGAAUCGUUUGCAUAGGAUGGCAGAGCAACUGUCACAGGCCAGAGCAGUCUGGGAAUGCUGUUAUGGUGGUGAAAGCCCCUUUGGCCCAUUCACUUGUGUUUGCAAAACUCACUGAGUUCACAUGGAGGAGAAGGAGGAGGAUUUGAUGACUCUACAGUGUCGGGAGGAAGAAUUCCUGACCCCCUGCUGCUGCUGCUCUUGGAGUUGCUGUGUCCAAGCCGUGUCACCUGGAGAGCUGUGAAGGAAGUGGACAGCAGCUCCCUGCUCACCUCUGUGUGAUGUGUAUGCUGGGCACCUUAGAUAGAAAUGGGGAGGAGGGGCACACUUGGAUCCCCAGUAAAGCUCCAUGUCCAAAUAACAGAGUUUACCCCACAUCUUCCUUGGUUGUCACCCGUUGGCAUCAGUGGGGAGGUCACAACAGCAGCCCUGGGUUAUUGCACCUGGUAUUUAGGGGCUAGGAGCAGCUUGUCUGAGCUUAGAGCUGUUGCCUCAAGGCUUCUCUUUCCCCAGACUUGUGAAAUCUGAUGUUUCAAAAUCUUGAAUCAGCUCUUAGAAGUGAAAUUUGUUCUCCCAAGUCAUUUGUGGCUUAAUGGCACUGAGCAGCAAACUGAUUUCAAAGUGCGGGCUAGGCUGGUAAGAACCCAAGUGAGAGGAACAGAAAGAUUGUCUUAAAGUCAGAGAAACAGGAAGGCUCAGCCUAGUGCCUGUAUUUCACAUGCUGAGGAGCCUCUUACCACAGAGCAAGUGCUCCUCUGCUUAGAGACCCCUGAAGCUGAAGUAUUUCAGGACCAUCCUGCCAACUGCAGUGUGGUGGAUGGACAGCAGAAUAUUGCUGCAUCUGAGGUGCUGUGAGAGGCUGUGGUUGGGUCUGAUCAGCAUCUUUCCAAGCUGUGAGGAAGCCCUGAGGGUUUCUGUAUCAUUCAAAGACAGGAUUGGUGUGGUAGUGCAGUUUCUAUGUGUGUUUACCAUGCCAUAGCCCACCCAUACGCCUGACUCUAGAGGGUCUGAGUUCUUGCAUCUCCCCUGCUCUCAGCAGGUUCCUCAGCACCUCCCACACUGGGUCACCAUAGCAUGUGCCUUUCUAAGGGUGACCAUCCAAACCCAGCUGGGAUCACAGGCAGCUCUGCCUGAACUAGAGCCCCCGCUGCGUGUCCAUAACCCUCACGGUUGUGUCACAUCCUGGCCAUGAGCCUCAUCUUUCCCAGCACUUGUGUUUUAUGACUCAGAAAUCAUUCAUUCCAUUAUCUUCCUUUCUGUUUGCCUCUGCAAAGCUGAGCUCCGGGCAGCUGUCUCCUACCACGGACAUGUAGUAACGGGGCAGAGACCUAAGAAGCAGUGGCCUGCUGACACGAAGAUCAUCUCCAUCUGGUGUCUGCCUUGGAGUUGGGUGCAUGGCUGCUCAGUGAGGGCUCCCAAAGCAGAGGGGGGAAAAGGGAUCCCAGGCACCAGCUGAGGAAAGCAGCUCUCUCCAUGUCUAGCAAAGGGAAGUUGAGACUUCUGAGAGCGAUGUCACCUUUUCUAGCUUGACACAAAUGUUUUUCAACCUCUUUCUUUAAUAAUGUGCAAAAAUGAUGCAGAGCAAAUCCAGUUCACAGUUUAAAUGUAGCACUGCAGGUAUUUUGGUGAGGAAAAAAACGAUAUCCUUAUUUACUGAGAAUCCACGCAGCCCUGAGUACAAUAGGGAGUCUUAGUGGUGGGAGUGGUGUGCACAUCUCUAAUGGUACUUACAUUUGCUUCAGUUCUGGGUGAACAGUAGAGAAUGCCAAAUUCCUGGAAACCACUUCCUCCAGUGUGAGAAGCCUGGCAGGGGAAGUGCAAAUGGAAACAACCUGAGGAGUCUGCAAAGGAUCUCUCACCCCAGAGUGGUUGUGGCCAAGUCUGACGAUGGUACAGAGCUUGCUUCCCCUACAGAGAACUCUUGCAUUGCAAUACUUGAUGUUUCUAUGGCAAGGACACAAUUUCUUCCCAUUUUUCCGCACUGAACCCCUGGAGAUGAGUCCCUUCUCCAGUCUCAUGUGCACCUGAGUUGGUUUUAAAUGCAGUUAUGCCCUGAAGGGUUGAGGGUUUGAGGUUUUUUAAAGUCUAUUCAAUUGUGAUUUAGCACUUUUUUGAUACUAGCUUGUUAUUUAAUUAGUGCAACCGAUUCAGAAGGUGAACAAAUAAGGAGUUAAAUUUGGGGCAUUACACUGAAGCAGUCCAUACCCCAGGAGAAAUCAGACCAGCCUGAGGAUGGCUCAGCCCCCAUCUCAGUCCAGGAUCCCCAAAACCACCAUCUCAAAGGUGCCAUUACUUCCAGAUUAGCAGGGUAUCUGACAGCAGUUUGGGCUGUGACUGACGUGUCUUCACACAGUACUGACUGUUCCCUCGAGGGAGAGGUGUUCAAAUGUGAUUUUCCUUCUUCAGACACACAAAUGUAGCAUGGCACGUGUGUAACCUCGACAGGCAUUAUGAUGGUUGGGGAUGUGGUACCUGCUGCUUUACUAUGAUGGUAUGCCCUGAUAAUUUCUGUUUAACUCCAGUUGCUGCUGUAUGUCAGGAUUUCAUUUAGACUCUCUAGCCAGUGAGGCAGAGAGAUCCGUAAUCCCAAGGGCAUAGACCUGUAAAUGAUAAGGAGGGGGGAGUGGAGAUGAUUAUUUUUUAAGUUGAUGAAUUUAGGAAACCUAACAUUCCUUGUUCUGCAUAUGUUGCAUUCAUACUGGUGUUAAGUGUAAAUAUUUGAUGUGUUGGCAACAAGUCUUUUUGGAGAGAUUGCAAAUUGAACCUCUGCUUGGGAGGAGGGACACCUUUCUUUUUACUUGCAUGAGCUUUCGGAAGGUUGGCUUGGAGGUGAUGUGGUGAUGAAGACUCCAAUCUUCAGGGGACUGUGCUUAGUGACCCUGGUGGUCCUUUCCAGUCCUGUGUGUGAUCCUGUGGUUGUCUUUAGUGAUCCAACAAUUCUUUAGCCAGAUACUCUCUUUCUCACUCCAUAGGCAAAGCAGUUGUUUUGGCAGUGCAUAUUCCCCUUCUAUUUCAAUGGGUUUUCUCAAGGUACUUGCAUGCUGGAGACAGAUCCUGGACCAUGCCAGUCCCUGACUCCCAGUCAUGUUAUCCCACCCAUUGCACAGUAUUCUGCCUCUUCCUCCCUCCAGGGUUUUAUGGUAUCUGUGAGGAAAGUGCCCAAACUUUCUGGUGCUGAGUAUGACUUUUGACUCCAAAUGCAUCUGCUGUAUUCUCUGCCUGGAGAAGGUGGUGCUGCCCUGGGCCUCAGGCCCCUUUUUAAGGACAGAUUGUGGUUUACAGAGUUUGGAUUGUGCGUGGCAUGAGUCCAGGCUGAGAACUCAAGAUAAGUAACUGAGAUGCAGAGUUGUCCUUUUUUAUAUAGGAGGGGAUGAACUUUUUUGGUUUGUUUGGUUUUGGGUUUUUUUCCCCCGAAUUGAAGCUGCUUUAUCCUGUUACAUUUUCUAUUGACAAGGAAAAACAACAAGUUGUUCAGCUGCCAUUGAACUUGCUUUGAGAUUGUUCUUUUAUGAAGAAAUUAUGCAACUUUGGUGGGGUAUGUGCCUGUCCCCUCACAGCUUCCAGGCUGUACCUCUGGUGACAAGUCUGCACCUUCACAAGGCUGCUGAGACACAGACCAGAUGCCAAAUAGUCCCUCUGAACCCGCCCCGUUCUAUGGGCAGCUGAAGUGGAGGCAAUUGCUCUAAUGCUCCUUCCACUGCACUUGAGCAGUUUCUAGCAGCACAGUUUCCUGUAGCUUCCUUCUGCUGAUGUUGUUUCCAUGCAGUCAGACCUUUAUUUUAGAGGUGUUUGCAACACUCUUGUUGCUAAAGGUCUCCCUUUUAUGUUUCCUCUUGGCAUUACUUCCUGUCUUCUUUUAUUUUCCCAAAAGAAAGUACCUGUGCUGCUCUUGCAAAGUCAAUCUAGCUCAAACAUUUUUCUUACCCAUGGAAGAAUAACCUGAGAUUCCCUAAGAGGGCAGAGAACACUCACGUUCAGUUUGCAAUGUAGUCAUUUUUGCUAAUUGUGAUGUAUGGCAGUGGGACUGAUUUGUACUACAAAUGUUAUUUAAUCUGUCUGUAUUUUGAUACUUGAAUUUCCUUUUAUUUCCUGUAUAUACAAUUGUUAAUCUGUUCAAAUUUGUCUGAAUUUUCAAACAUCUUGUGGUACCAAACAUAACCAAUCUGUGCAACGACAUAGACUGACCUCACUACAACAAGGCGAGAGUGUAAAUAUUUCUGGGCUUCCAGCAGUCGUUUUGUUGUUUUCAGAAUUGUACAACUUAGAACAGACUGAAUUAAUAAACCAACUUAGACACGU